GAGUUGAGCGCCAGGCCUUCUCUCAGUCUUACCCCGCCACUUAAAACCCACAGCGUCCCAAGGGCCCUAUCAAGUUCUCAGCGAAAACCAUGGUUUCAAUCCUUGCAGCUCUAACCAGCAAAUCCCCGCUGUUGUACUGUUUUGUGGAUUGUACUCGCGAACCCAUUUCGUCGUCUGGUCCCCAUGCUCAGCUCUUCGCGAAACCAAUUCAGAGGAGAAGAUUUGAGGGCAUUUCCUUGGGUUGUUCUCAUUCAACUUAUUUGAAUUCUAGUGACGGAGCUCGAUUUAAUGAUGUGGGUGUUUCCAAAAUGGGACUUAAGCAAUUGGGUUUGGACUCUUUCCGCGUUUCAGCAGUGUCGGGUGGUGGGUCCGGUGGAAAUGAUGGAUUUGGAGGCUCUGGAGGUGGGAAUUCUGGCGAUGGAAGCGAAGGUGCUGAUGGUAGUGGAGAAGGAAGUUGGUCCUUGCUUUCAUGGUAUCUAGAUCUUCUAGCAAAGUAUCCUGUGUUGACUAAAGCCAUAACAUCUGCGCUUUUGACUUUGAUUGGAGAUCUGAUUUGCCAGCUCGCAAUUGAUCAAGUGCCAUCAUUAGAUGUCAAAAGGACAUUCCUGUUUACUCUGCUUGGGCUGGUCCUAGUUGGGCCAACAUUGCAUUUCUGGUAUUUGUACCUGAGUAAAUUGGUAACGGUGCCUGGAGCAUCCGGUGCUUUUCUACGACUUCUGCUGGAUCAGUUUGUCUUCAGUCCUACAUUCAUUGGAGUUUUCCUAUCUACAUUGAUGACACUAGAGGGGAAGCCAGCACAAGUUGUGCCCAAACUUCAACAGGAGUGGAUUUCAUCUGUUCUCGUAAACUGGCAGCUCUGGAUUCCAUUCCAGUUUCUCAACUUCCGUUUUGUCCCUCAGCAAUUUCAGGUCCUUGCUGCCAACUUUGUUGCUUUGAUUUGGAAUGUGAUUCUCUCAUUCAAAGCUCACAAGGAGGUCCUCUCCAAAUAGAUAUGCUGUUGACUACAGAGAAAUCUCCCAGAAUAUCAUGUCAUAAAAGACGGGAAUCCUCAUUUUAGCCUCUAAAUUUUCAUUUCCUUUGUAUGCACAAUCAAGUCCUUGCCUGGUAGGACUGGGCAAAAUUUUGAUAAAUCGACUUAACUAGCACCCAAUUUAGCCGCCCUCUCAAUUUAAUUGGCUAUGUUUGAUUUAACUA